ACUGUACGGGUUAUGUCAGGUAUUUUCCGGCCUAUUAUUUUGUAAUUUUGAGUUCAUUUACUCAUUCACUUUCUCUUUUUCAUCUACAAAAACAUUCCUUAAGAUUAUUACUAUAGACUGCUGACUACACUUGCGGAUACAGUAUUAGUCAUAAGUUUCAAGUGACAGCUUAUUGGAAAGUUAUUCUCCAGGAAUUAGUUCAAGGUUUUCCAGACUACCGGAGCGUUGCUUUGUUGUCUAAUGUUCUCUAUACUGUACCAUUUGAAUCAACUGUACAGUUAUUACUCAGAAGGUGGUGGUCAGUAAAGCGUCUUUGUAGUAGAAAAUCGAUUUCACUUCAAUUAUUCAGAAGGAUGGCUGAAUCCAAGACUGGAGGACAAGGUCCUAAAGAAAAUGUCAUCGAAGAGGUCGUAUGUCAGAGCUCUGAUAUCAGAGAAAAUGAGAUGAAAGUAUUCGAAUUCGGCAAAGAGGGCGACCAGAUUCUGCUAGUAAAACAGGAGGGCCGCCUCUACGCCCUAGGCAACAAAUGCACCCACUACGGCGCGCCCCUAGUGAACGGCGCCCUGGGCAAGGGACGUGUCCGUUGCCCGUGGCACGGCGCCUGUUUCAGCCUGGAGACGGGGGACAUCGAGGACUUUCCGGGUCUCGACUGUUUGCCCAAGUUUGGAGUCGAAGUGGUGCCUGGGGGCGGAGUCAAGGUCACCGCCAACAAACAGCUGUUGAAGAGCAACAAGCGGGCGCGCACCGUAUGUGCGGCGCGUGCGCCCAAAGGCUUCACGGCGGAGUCGGUGUUUGUGAUUAUCGGCGCCGGCGCGGCGGGGAAUAAUUGCGCCGAGACACUGCGUCAGCUGGGGUUCCCUGGGCGUGUGGUGAUGGUGUCCAAGGAGAACUACUAUCCCUAUGAUCGCAUCAAACUUAGCAAGGCAUUCAACGUGGACAUCAAGCAGAUCCAGCUGCGACCCAAGGAGUUCUACAAGGAGAAAGACAUCGAAGUGCUCAAAGACAAGUACGCCGUCAAGGUGAUGUCCGAUGAUCACGUGGUCAUACUGAACGACACCUCCAAACUCAACUACAGCAAACUGUUCAUUGCUACUGGCGCCAGAGGACGAGUUAUAAAAAUGCCGGGAAGUAAUUUGAAUAAUAUUUUCACAAUAAGAAACAUCGAUGAUGCGAAAACAAUAGCAUCUAUAUUACGCUCUAAUCUGCAUAUUGUUGUCUGCGGAUCGUCUUUCAUCGGUAUGGAAACCGCCGCCUUCUGUGUGUCAAAAGUGAAAUCGGUGACAGUGGUCGGCACAUCGGCGGUGCCUUUCGAGAACAUUCUCGGUCGGGCGGUCGGCGAACGCAUCACGGCCCUCUUCAAGGAGAAGGGCGUCCAUUUUGUGAUGAAGACGUCGGUGAAGGCGUACAACGGAGAUUCCGACAACAAUGUGGCGUCGGUUACGCUGGCCAACGACCAGGAGUUGAAGGCCGAUCUGUGUGUACUGGGAAUCGGGUCAGAGUUCAACACCGAGUUCCUGAAAGGCGGCGAGGUGCUCAUGAAUAUGGACGGAUCUGUACCGGUCGAUAAGUUCCUAGAGACAAAUGUGAAAGGCAUUUUCGCCGGUGGCGAUAUAGCGUUCGCGCCUGUGAUGGUGAGCAACGACAAACAAAUGAGCAUAGGGCAUUGGCAGCUGGCUCAUUACCAUGGAUACAUUGCGGCGCACAAUAUGCUUGGAACCCCCAUGCCACUGAAAUCUGUUCCUUUCUUCUGGACUGUUCUGUUUGGACUUAGUUUUCGGUAUGCCGGUGUUGGCGGCAAAUUCGACGACGUUGUUAUCGUGGGCGAUGUCGCCAACCUGAAGUUUGUCGCUUAUUACUGCGAAGGCGACAAUGUGAACGCCGUGCUAACAGUCGGCUCCGAUCCGGUCGCGGCCAAGUUUGCCGAACGACUCACCAACGGCAAAAAGUUGAAGAAAUCUCAAGUCACCGGGAAGAAGAUUGAGUGGGUCGAUGAACGUCUCUACUAGCAAGUAUACGGUUGUCAAAGAUAAUCCUGAGAUCUACCUACAUACCAACUGCCUGAACGGUUCUAAAGUAUUAAACUCACUGCUUUAUAUGGGUUCACGAACAUAGUUCACUAUAGUAAUGUAACAUAGGUCAUUGUUUCCAGUUAUUACUUUUUUCCCCCAUAUUUCAUAAUCAUGAAUGGGAGUUGUGAUGAAAUAGUUGACCCACUACUACUAUAG